UGCCUUUUUCCUUUUUUGAAAACUCUUCAAUCCCAACUUUCCACUUGGCAUCUUUAAGACCACAUGAUUAAAAGAUAUUUUGGUACAUUCUAAUAUAUGUUUAGUUUAAGACCACGGGGUUCAAAAGUCUUCUUUGCUUUCUUAAAAUCCCCGCCAAGUCAAAACCAGACAAACUAAUUGAAACGGAGGGAGUAUUAGUUAUUCCACCUUCUAUCUUGCAUAAAAUACCUCAUAACUUAUACUCCCUCCGACCCAAUUUAUAUGACUCUUUCCUUCAUAGUACAUCCAAAAAGAAUGACACCUUUCUUUAUUUAGUAACAAUUCAACUUUAAAUUUACCUUUUUACCCUUAUUGAAAUGAUUUGUAGCCAUAAAUUUUUUUUAUGGUUUGUUUUAGACCACAAGUUCAAAAGUCUUCCUUUAUUUCUUAAACUUCGUGCCCAGUCAAAUACCCUGAUACAAAAUUGCAAUUCAAACACCGUACUAAUCUUAUACAUGAAUAACUUACCUCCUAACCAACCACCAAACAUGGUAUUACUGAUGCAGGAUUUAAUACCUGCAUAACUCAUCUCCAAACAAGCUACCAAACUAUCCCUUGAUGGUUAGCAAAGGUAAAAAGUAAAAACUUCCCUUAACUGUAUAAAGUAAAGGCUCAGGUGUAUAGAGAAGACCUCACCGUUUAAGAAGUAACCAUAGAAACGAAGGAGACCACUAUUACCAUUUUGACUUCUUUUAUUUACUAGAUUUUUGACACCUAGGAAAAUACAAUUUUUUCUUUCUUUCUUAUUUCGCAAUGAAAUACCUAAAAAAGGAAGAAAAAAUCGUGGUGGGGAAGGUUAGAGUAGCCAAAGCCAUUGGAAUUUUGAUUUUAUACAUUGGAUAAAUCCGUUGUUUUAGCAAUGUUUCAUGUAAGUGAAAACAAAGUUAUUGUAUUUAUUCGAGCUAUUAGUAGUCAACAACUGAUACUCACAUUUUCUGAGAAGUAACAUCUAUAUGUGGUCAUGUAAAGUGCCAAGGAGAAAGAUAUAACAGAAAAAACAAGGAAACUUAGAGAGCCCAGCAGAGGGGAACAGUGAGCACAAGAAACUUAAAGAUGAAGGCUUCCAAUUCCUCAUGUUAAAGGAGCAUAUCAGGAGGUUGUAUGGAAGAAAGCUAGGAGAAUAUGGAUACUUUCUCUAUCGAUGUAGGAGAAAUGAAGACGAAGGACAAUGGAAAUGUUAUUUGCAGCCUACCGGCCCUACCCAAGAAAAAGCUUCAGGACUUGUGCAGGAGACACGGGUUAUCUCCUUACAAGACAAAACCCAAUCUUUUGAAUUCUUUGGUACCUUACAUCAAGGGUGCAGAUGAGCUUUUAUUUAAAGAGAUGAAGACAAAGGACGGUGGAAAUUCCGUUAGCAGGCUACCUAAGAAAGAGCUUCAAGAUUUGUGCAGGAAACACGGUUUAUCUCCUUAUAAGACAAAGCCUAAUCUUGUAAACUCUUUGAUCACUUACCUCAAGGGAGCAGAGAGUUUUUCCUUUAGAGAGAUGAAGACAAAGGAGAGUGGAAAUUCCAUUUACAGCCUACCCAAGAAAAAGCUUCAAGAAUUGUGCAAGAAGUACGGUUUGUCUCCUUAUAAGACAAAACCCAAUCUCGUGAAUUCUUUGAUCAAUUACUUCAAGAAAGCAGAUAUAGAAACUUCUGAAGGCAAUGGGUACAACGUUCUAGAUUCUUCUGGAGAGAUAUUGUUUUCAAGAUUCAUCACUCAGUGUGAUGAGAAGGGUUUCAAUCAAAGACUUCACAGUCCACAAAUAAGUUUUUCCAAGAAUGCAUUUACUUCUGACAUAAAGCCAAUGCAUGUGCCUUCUUUUGAGUUUUCUGUCUCAUCAGAAGAUGGAAUCAACCUUUACGUUGACUUGAAUUCAUGCCCAUCAGACUCUUUUAAAAGAUUGGAAAAGAAGGUGUGUGUAUGUCACAAUCCGCAGAAUCACAAAUUUCAAAGUUUCUGUCAGGAGAUUCAAUACCUAGGGAAUAACAGACAAAUGACAAGUUCAUUUAUCUGGAAAACAGAUUCAGAUAGUAGAUUUAACAGUGGCCAUGCACAAACUGUUUCUUCCGCAAGUUUAUGUGGUACUUUUGAUGUAUGUCAUACAGCAAAUACAGAUGAUGCGUCUUUGGGAUUUUCAGCAACGACAAAGUCACGUGAUGGUUCUGUAGAAAAUCUUACACGUCCAGAAGGAAAACAGGGAAGCCCAUCAUCAUUUAGAAACAUUUGUGGUGUACAGAACAUGAAUAUCACUGAUGUAAAUACUUUUACGGGAGAGGAGAUCAAAUGUGUGGGUCUGAAUACCUUUCAAGCUUCAGAAAAACCAGUGGCUAUUAAUAAAACUGUCAGUGUUGAGGCUUAUAACCCAGAAAACACUACAGAGGCCUUCGAUACUAGUCUGUGUAAAUCUUUUCAUGCAUCGUUGGAGAAAGUAGCUAUCAGUUCCCUUGCAGAUGUGCCAGGGCUAAAACAUAAUAAAAUUGAAAAUCAGAAUACUAGGCUCUGUGAUGUAGGUUGUCUCAAUUCUGAAAGGCAGCAAAGUUGUGUCUCAGAGAAGCUUCUUGUGCUAUCUCAUCUCUCUUCGGAAACUGAUUUUGCAGAGAUAGAAGCUUCAGAAAUGGGCAGUCAUCGUCAACUUUCAUCAUAUUCUUCUUCUGGAAAAGAUGGCCUUAGAAAUUUGGUUGAUGCAGCAGAGAGCCUCAGAAGUCAACUACCCCUUGCUUGUGAGGAUAGCUGCAGCAUUUUCCUGGAUGACACGCCUUCAUCUGCUGAUGGAGGGGCAAGGGACAGCUAUGCCAACAGAUCAGAAGCUUCAGAAGAGCUUUUGAAGAAGCAGGAGCAAUUAUCCCAUGGAGGGAAGAAGAGAAAGACGCAUGACGGUAAAUCUGAUAAUGUUCAUCAAUGUAAUGAUGGGAGAAUUUUGAGAAGUGCAACACGUCUACAAAGUCUUCCUAGAAGAUCUAUUCGGCUUGUCUCUAAGCGACUGGUGGCAUGGAAUUCCUAAGUGUUAGAGAUCCGCCUAUGUAAUAUUAAACUCUCAGUACUGGUGUACACCAUACAUAUUCUUGUGGUUCCUCUAUUCUGUAUACAAGAGAAUAAUUUAUUUGAGGUCAGGCCAAUUUGUUUAACGUCAUCUAGUUUUCAUUCAGCUAGAAUAACAAUUUCUUCUUUUUUGGACUUUCCUUUGUUGUUAUGCCUCAUUGUUUAAGAGUUUGCACCUCUUCGCUAUUUGUUAUAGACCAGUUUGUGUCACUCGAUCGGAACUCUGCAGCUUAAAGUCAAGAGGGGAAUGAAUGCCUCUUGUUUGCCCCCAA